AUGGAAAGGUCGCCUAAAAGUCUGAGUGUCACAGGCGAUUAUCUUAAAUGGAGGGCUGGCAGGGAUGAAGGACACCUAACUGCAAAUCCAGCCAAAUUCGAAGGUAGUGACCCUCGUCGAAACAUCCUUUCAGAGGAAGCUAGUGCUCGUUUGGCUGACUCUCUACAAAAGACGCGACGCCCUCAGUUGAACGAGUGUCUUGCUGUCAAGCUUGCUGUUGCAUUCCUUCACGAAGCUCAUCGUUCAAAUUUUGUGCAUUUUUACCUCUAUUUUCAAGUGAAGCUCCUGUCUCAGUAUGGUUUGUUUUCACGUUAUUCAACUCUUAAUGAUAAUGAGACGCGAUUGUUAGAUGUUGAUCUCUCCAACGAAGAAAGCAAAAGGCGUUUGUUUAACAGGCUGUUGUAUAGGAGCAGGCAAAGAGGGUUCCUGGAGCUGGAUUUGGUUCUCGGUAAAUGGGUAGAAGAGCAUAUUUUUUCCAUGGACGAAAGUGGAAUUAAAGCACUUAUUAAUGUCCUUGACUUGGAUGCAUUUUUGGCGCUUAAGGAGCAGUCGUCUCAACCACAAGAGGGGUGCAGUGACCCUCCUAUUGUAGAUGAGGUCGCACUAUAUUAUCAAGUUGUGGGGGGGGAGAAGAAGAACAGGGUUUAUGGCAUUGGAUCUCAAGCAUCAAUUUUUUACCCUAGCUCAUCACAUGGAUCAUCUUCUACUGCAUCCUAUUGUGCUCAGUCAGAGGCAAUGGAGGAAGAGAUUCAACAAUUGCAUCAGACUAUUGCAACGCUCAAGGAUAGUUUGGUUGCAAUGGAGGAGAGAGAUCGACAACGCGAGUUGAUGCUAGAGGAGAGAUAUAGACAACGUGGCGGACAUCGGAUGAGCUCAUGCAACAAAUGAUGCAAAACAUGAUGGCACAAAUGAUGCAGGGUACGCAGUUUACAGCCCCAACUCCACAUGCGACUCAUCAAGAUGAUGGUAGAGAGGCUGAUAGUGUUGAUGAGUGAUUAUCUUGUUGAUGACAAGUAGCUUGUUUUUUUGUUAUUAUGAUAUUUUAUUUUUCCAUACAGUAUAUUAUUGUCAUAACC